GCGGCGCCGCAGCCGCCACCGCGGGCCCCCGAGACCCGCGCCUCCCCGGCCCCGGGCGGCCGCGCGGCGGCGGGCGGCAUGCGCUGCGCGAGGCGGAGCUGACGGCGCGCCCGCCGGCCCCAUGUCCUUCGCCAUGCUGCGCUCGGCGCCGCCCGGCCGCUACCUGUACCCCGAGGUGAGCCCGCUGUCGGAGGACGAGGACCGCGGCAGCGAGAGCUCGGGCUCCGACGAGAAGCCCUGCCGCGUGCACGCCGCGCGCUGCGGCCUCCAGGGCGCUCGGAGGCGGGCCGGGGGCAGGCGGGCGGGGGGCGGCACGGCGGGGCCCGGGGGACGGCCGGGCCGAGAGCCCCGGCAGCGGCACACGGCGAACGCGCGCGAGCGGGACCGCACCAACAGCGUGAACACGGCCUUCACGGCGCUGCGCACGCUCAUCCCCACGGAGCCGGCCGACCGCAAGCUCUCCAAGAUCGAGACGCUGCGCCUGGCCUCCAGCUACAUCUCGCACCUGGGCAACGUGCUGCUGGUGGGCGAGGCCUGCGGCGACGGGCAGCCGUGCCACUCGGGGCCUGCCUUCUUCCACGCCGCGCGCCCCGGCAGCCCCCCGCCGCCGCCGCCGCCGCCCCCGCCCCGCGACGCCGAGAACGCCCAGCCCAAACAGAUCUGUACCUUCUGCCUCAGCAACCAGAGAAAGUUGACAGCACGCGUGAGCUCCUGGGGCCUGAACAUCUGGGAAAUUUAAUUUUACAAUUUCGGCUGUGCAGCAGCGCACUCUCCUCCCCAAACUGCACGGGGAAGCCGGGGUGAGCGUGGAAGGGGGUGCUUUCAGACCCGCCACCUGAGACAGCACCCCGUGGGGAAGCCCAGAGGCGCGGGCUGGCACUGGGUCUGUGGCCAGGCCCUGACACUGACCCCUCCCCUCUGCAGAGCAAGGACAGAGACAGAAAGACGACGAUUCGGAGUUAGAGACGGACACCGCUGGGCUAGCCACAGAGAGCUCCCGUGGACCGGACUCGGGCACAGGCCUCCUGUGAGGGCGCCCAGCGAGCGAGCCUCGCCUCUGGCCACAGCGGGGCCAAUGGACAGACAAGUGUGCGGGACUCUGCACGGGCCCGACGGGCCCAAGCCCACCGGAACCUUCCGUGCUGGCUUCCUACCUGGGUUUUCUUCUGGUCACUACAUGCUGGCAUCUUGUGUUUUUAAUACGAUAAUAUAAAGUCUGGAAACUUUGUAUAAUUAAAAACAAAACAGUAUUGUCCAA